GUGUGAUCGCCGUCUAAUUUUGCGUUCAGUCGUAAAGUUCGCGAUGCCAACAGCUUCAUUAAUUAAAAAUAAUCAAAAAAAGUUUUGCGGUAAAUUAAAGAUACAUCAAAAAUGCACAUUUUAACGAGUUUUCAAAUUCGACUUAGUUAACAAGUUUUUGUGUCAAAAAUCGUCAAGUUAAUAAGAAAAAAAGGGGCGACAGUUAAGAGCUAAAAUGUACGGGUUAAUAUUGGAGAAUAUGUCCGAAUACAUCAAACAGACGUAUGGAGAGGAAAAAUGGGAAGAAAUACGAAGAGCCGCGAAUGUGGAACAACCCACCUUUAGUACUCAUCAAGUUUACCCCGAAAAUUUAAUCCCAAAACUUGCAAAGAAAGCCAUUCAGAUUUUAGAGACAACGGAACGGGAAUUUUUCGAUCAAAUGGGAGUAUUUUUCAUCAGUUUCGUUAGUCAAUACGGUUACGAUCGCGUUCUUUCAGUCCUUGGGCGUCACAUGAGAGAUUUCCUAAACGGCUUGGACAAUCUUCACGAAUAUCUAAAAUUUUCUUACCCAAGAAUGCGCGCGCCAAGUUUUAUUUGCGAAAAUGAGACAAGACAAGGACUCACGUUACACUAUAGAAGUAAAAGACGUGGGUUUGUUUAUUACACAAUGGGACAAAUAAGAGAGGUGGCGCGCCAUUUUUACCAUAAGGAAAUGCAAAUUGAGUUGGUCAGGGAGGAAUUACUCUUCGACAUGGUUCACGUCACGUUUCAACUUACUUUCGAUAACAGAGCUUUUACAUUAGCUAGCUUGGCGAUGACACGUGAGGAGAAACAUUUACCAAUAAGCGCAUCGGUUUUAUUUGAGAUUUUUCCAUUUUGUAUAGUUUUUGGUUCGGAUAUGGUUGUUAGAAGUAUUGGAAAUUCUUUAAUGGUUAUAUUGCCAGAUGUUGUAGGAAAAAAGUUAACGAAUUGGUUCGAUUUGGUUCGGCCGUUAAUUGCGUUUAAAUUUCAAACGAUUUUAAAUCGUACAAAUAACAUUUUUGAACUCGUUUCGGUCGAGCCUGUGUUAAAUGAUAGAGUCGAUAAUAAAGAGCGUAAAGAGGUCAUUUUAAGCGAUGAGUUGGACGUAGCUGAAGAUAAAAAUCUUCGUUUAAAAGGGCAAAUGAUUUAUAUGGAUAAUUGGAAGAUGAUGAUGUAUUUAGGAACUCCAGUUAUGCCGGAUCUAAAUUCGUUAAUUAAUUCUGGGCUGUAUAUUAAUGAUUUAUCUAUGCACGAUUUUAGCAGAGAUUUAAUGUUAGCUGGGACGCAACAAUCGGUUGAAUUAAAACUUGCUUUAGAUCAAGAACAGCAAAAAAGUAAAAAAUUAGAAGAGUCAAUGAGAAAAUUGGACGAGGAAAUGCGGAGAACUGAUGAGUUAUUAUAUCAGAUGAUUCCUAAACAAGUUGCUGAUAGAUUAAGAACCGGCGAGAAUCCCAUUGAUACUUGUGAAAUGUUCAACAGCGUAUCAAUACUAUUUUCAGAUGUAGUAACAUUUACUGAAAUCUGUAGUAGGAUAAGUCCAAUGGAAGUUGUUUCAAUGUUAAACGGAAUGUAUUCGUUAUUUGACACAUUAACGGAAAGAAAUAAAGUUUAUAAGGUUGAAACAAUCGGAGAUGCUUACAUGGUCGUUUCUGGGGCACCCGAAAAAGAAGUAAAUCACGCUGAGAAAGUUUGUAAUAUGGCUUUAGAUAUGGUGAAUGCAAUCACAGAUUUAAAAGAUCCAUCAACGGGUCAACAUCUACGCAUAAGAGUUGGAGUACAUUCAGGCGCUGUAGUUGCAGGAAUCGUAGGAUUGAAAAUGCCAAGAUAUUGUCUUUUCGGCGAUAGUGUUAACACAGCUUCAAGAAUGGAAUCGACGAGCGAAGCGAUGAAAGUACAUAUAUCAGAAUCAACGAAAGAUUUAUUAUCGGAUUCUUAUAAAGUUCAGGAAAGAGGUGAAAUCCAAGUGAAGGGUAAAGGAGAGAUGAAAACUUUUUGGUUAGAAGGAAGGUCAUCGAGAAAUUCCCCCCUCAUAUCAUCACCAAUACCAAAGAACGACUUUAAAACAUCACAAAUUGAUAUCGCAACUAGACCAAAAGAUGGAAAAAGUGUUGCAUAUUCACCGAUAACUUUUCAAGAUGUUGCUAGGAGGAGCAUUGUGAGUUCUCCGGUAAAAACGAUAAGUUCAAGAGAAUCUAGAUCGAAUUCUGAAGGAACUGUUAUGACCGGUAAUGAUCCUGGUGAUAUUUUUGGUUCGGUUAUCAAUGUAGCUUUAACAACUUUAGGAAAUCAUGUUGAAAGUAAAUUAAAUGAAUCAAUAAGAAAUGAAACAAUAAAAAAUGAUUCAAUAAAGAAUGAAGUAAAAAAAAAUAAAAUUCAUAAAGAGACUUGUUUAUAUUACAAAAAAGAUGAGAAAGCAAAUGGAAAAUCGAUUGAGAAACCCAAAUUUGAAACAAAAUCAGUUUUAAAAGAAGAAAAAGAGAAAAGUGUGAUGAAAAAAUCGCCAAAUUUUGGUUUGAAAAGUUCGACUAAAUCGAAAAAUUCGCUUAGCGAAGGUAACAUCGCGGUCUGUAUGAUAAACUCUGCAUUACCAAACAGUCAAAGUCAACCUUUUGAUACAAAUAGCAAUAAUAGUCAAAUUCAGGAUCAGUGUUGUUCAUUCGGAGGUGGAAAUAGACAUAAAUUCCAUACGAAUGCUUGUAAUGUUAUGUAGAUACAAAUUUAUAAACAUUUUUUGUAAAUAGUGUUUCUAAUUUCUUUUGUUUGUUGUACAGGGUGAGGCAGAAUGCAGUCUAUGAUUUGAAAUAAUAUCGUAGUAUUUAGUCUUUCAAAGACGUUUUCGGCCACUCUUCUCAGUAUAUCUUGUAAAAUUCCAGUAAAAACGUCUUCAAUAUCCACCUUCAAAGCUUCAAGGUCGAACUUUGUUUACCUCAGCUUUGACGUAUCUCCACAGAAAAGUCACACGGAUUCAAAUCUUGGGAAGUGAAACAUCCUCCCAGUAACAUAUCUUGUUUAACCCAGAAGGCUUUUGUGUCGUGCUCCAUUUUGCGGCUCAAAAAGCUCUCCAACAUGUCAAAAUAACAAGCCGAAUUCACUGUAACAGCUAAUCCUUAGGGCCAAAUAAUGGCUAUAGAGGACACAUCGCACCAAACUGUUGCUUUGAGGCUGUAAAGUUCUUUGAUGCAUUACUGGGUUAUCAGAUGCCCAGUAUCUGUAUGGUGAAUACUGAGAACGAUAUUGCAUUUUGUCCCACCCUGUAUAAUGAGUGUUCGUGAUUUAUAUUCAUCAAAAUCAUCUAAAAAAAUAAGUAUAAUUCAAGAACGUUCAUAUUUUUGAUGAAUCGAUGUCAAUUUGGAAAUAAAUAGGAAGGUUUAAAAAUGUUGUUUGGUGAUAUUCUUAAAUUAAUUAGUUUAAUCGAUUUAUUUAUUUGAAAAAUGCGUUUAACCAUGAAUUAUUUUAUUUACUUACAUGUAACAUAUCAAGGCGUUUCAACAGAAAAUAAAAUAAAUAUAUGUUUAGUAAA